AGCAGAUGGCGAGAGUGAGCCUAGAGGUCGUCCAUGUAGCACCACCGGGGAAGAAGCUCAUGAGUACCGUAGCACUGAGGCUGUGCUGCCGAGUCCAUCAUGGCCGUGCUUUACCAAACGCUACUGCUAUGUUUGUACGGCUUCUUCUCCAACCUCCGGCCCUCGGAACCGUUCCUGACCGCAUACCUCCUGGGCCCUGAUAAGAACCUCACCGAGACCCAGGUGGUGAAUGAAGUCUAUCCUGUUUGGACGUAUUCCUACCUGGUGCUGCUGUUCCCCAUCUUCCUGGCAACGGACUUCCUGCGCUAUAAGCCUGUGUUGGUGCUGCAGGCCACCAGCUUAGUGGUUACCUAUGUUAUGUUGCUGAAGGUGCAGGGUGUGCUGGCUAUGCAACUCCUUGAGUUCUUUUUUGGACUGGCUACGGCCUCGGAGGUGGCCUACUACUCGUACAUCUACAGCGUGGUGGAGCCCAAGCACUACCAAAGGGUGACGGGCUACUGCCGCAGCAUGGCGCUGUUUGGAUCAGCUGCUGGGUCUCUGACCGGCCAGCUCUUGCUCUCUUUGGCCCAGGCUCAGCUGCGCCACCUGGUCAUCAUCUCUCUAACCACAGGUGCCGUGGCCUUUCUUGCUCCCUGGUUUCUACCUAUGCCCAAGAGAAGUUUGUUCUUCCACAAGAGUCCGGAGAUGGAGAAGAUGGAGGAGAAGCCACCCAGUACAGCCGCUCUGCCAGUAAAGGCCGAAGACUUGGAGAGCCAACUGCCUCUCCACAGCCAGGCCAUCUCCACAAUACCCAGGUCCUCUGAGACAGGUCUUCGCAGCGGUCUAGUCGAGGUGCUGCAGGUGCUGCUUGCUGACUUCCUGAAGUGCUACAGGUGUCCUUCCCUGCUGGCCUGGUCCCUUUGGUGGGCUCUGGCCACUUGCGGCUAUUUCCAGGUCAUCAACUACGCUCAGGUUCUGUGGGAGAACAUCCGACCAUCCCAGGACUAUGAAAUCUACAACGGCUACGUUGAGACUCUGGCCACGCUGCUCGGGGCUCUAGCGGCCUUGCUGGUGGGCUGCCUGCCUGUGUGCUGGUCUGUGUGGGGGGAACUAGCUCUCUGUCUCCUCUCCCUGCUGAUGGCUUUGUGUGUGUUUGCAAUGGACACACUGAGGAACAUCUGGCUGUGUUACAGCUCCUACGUCCUCUUCAGAGCUAUUUACAUGCUGCUCAUCACUGUGGCAACAUAUCAAAUUGCAGCCAGUCUCAACAUGCAGCGCUACGCCCUUGUGUUCGGAGUGAACACAUUCCUGGCCCUGCUGCUGCAGUCUCUGCUCACGGUGGUGGUGGUUGACUCAGCCGGCCUUGGCCUCGAUGUCUUUACUCAGUUUCUCAUCUAUGGCGGAUACUUUGCUGUUAUUUCUGUUGUCUUUCUGCUUGCUGGCCUUUACAAGUUGGCCUCAAGGAGGCGCUCCAAGCAGCAGGAACAGGAGCAGGUCCUGCCCAACAGCCGGGCAGAAAGCCUGUGUGACUCUCCUCCAGUUAGCUGAAGAAGUUAGCUAAACAAAGCAGCAUGAGUGAGUAAGCACAGUGACUUCAGAGACGCUCUAAGGAGCCACAGAGUAGCUGAAUUAACCUUAUUUAGCCACUAAGUGGCCAAAUGCCUCCAGAACAAACUGACCAGUUGACGUCAUGUUGCUCUACUGAUUCAUUACGUUGGUGAUUAAUGGUUUUCAACACGGACUGAACUCUCCAGGAAAGAUGAUGUAGAGCCACAACAACAAUCACAACUAUGUUCAUACAUACCUUGGUCCUCUGAUAUAAAGGAUCAAAGCUUCUCCGAACUGCCUCUCCGCUGAUUUCAGACCAUCGUCUGCUAUUUACCUCGCACAAUGUUUCUGUAAGUUUCCCCUCUAAUGGAACUUGGUGCCUUAGGCGUGAUGUAACGUGAAAGAGACUGUUACCUUAAUAGUUCAUGAGAACGAGAUGUAUUAUUUCCUGUAACACCGUUGAUGGUUUUUGGUACUAUAAUUGAUUGACACUGAUAAAGGGUAUCCGAAUUAGCUAUUAAUGUGUCUUUGAUGAAUACCAAUGUCUUUAUUAUUGUUAGCUGCCUUUUAUAUCUCUACUAGAUGUGUAUUACUGCAAUGAACAUGUCAACAGUGUGCAUCAUUGGGUCCAUCCUCAGACUCUCAUUGGACUUCUCCACUGGAAUAAGAAGUCAUUCUGCUCCAGCACAGGCUAUCCCAAAGCUUCUGUUCGUAAAACUAGCAGGGAUCUCUAAAUAGGGAAGAAGGGGGAGAAAUCUCUGAGGAAUAAGGAAGCGUGAGAGCACCUUCCAGGAAAGGUUUUAGCACAGUGAAGACAUCGCAGAUUAAACUCUUGUUCUAUAAUAUAUUAUACUUUUCUGAUUCCUCAUCUGUUUUGUUCAUAGAUUUAUGCCUGUACAACAAAACAACCUCAAUUAAUUUAUUAGAAUUGUCUCUUCUUUACCUGAUAUUUCUAAUGUGUUAUAAUGAAUGCAAUUAAAGUCAGACAAGAUAGAAUACAUUUAACAUGAUUUUUCAUACUUUCAUUCAGUAACAUGAGGACUAUUGUUCGAGAGUGUUGGGUUGUGCUUUUUUUAAAUUUACCCUCAAUCAGAUAACCAUAUUCGGCUUAUUUAAUAAUGAUUUCACCAUCAGAAAUUGUGUGUGUGUGUGCGUCUGUGUGCGUGCGCGCUCGUUUGCGGGAUGUGUAGCCAGAAAGGAAAAUAUUGUCUGACAUCAACCAAAUUAAUUUAUGAGAAAUAUAAGUUGCCACAUGUAGACUAAAUAUACAUGAGAAACACGUCUUCCACACACACAUGUUGGGCACUAGAAAGCCACAGAGGCAAUAAUAGAUUAUGUAGCAACAAAUGAUAAUGCCUUUUGAGUGUUUAAAUGAACAGAUUAAUAUAUAGACAGCUAGCUGAUUGUAUUAGUUUAUGCCACUGAUGAAGUCACUUUUUAUAUGAAUAAUAAGUGUUGUAACUGUAGAUUCACUUUUACUUUGUUGACAUGCGUAUGAAUGAUGUUUCCUCUUUUCCUCGUGUUUGUACAGCAGCAUUUAGAAGAUUUGGUCAUAAUUUGGCCUUUUACCCAUAAAGCUUUCUUUGUUUAGUUCUGUGUGAAGAUGGUUCAGCCUCAGGAGACCCUCAUUACACUUCUCUCUAGCUUAAUUACUUUUCAUUUAUCUGCCCUGUUUUACAUUGAGGGCAUAAAUGGACCAUUGAGUAGGAAGCUGUAAACACAUUUAAUGAAUCUCCAUGUCAUUUUUACCAAGAAAUCUAAAUAUUGUGGGAUCACAUUUUUAUGUGAUUUUUCACAGUUCCUUUUUUUAUUUUGUGAUUCAUAUAUAAAUUUAGUAAAUAAACCUAAAUAACCUCUACUUUACAUUGGUGAUUAUUUUACUAGCCCUCCGCUGAGGCUGCACUUCAUAUAUUAGCUAAUUAGACUGUGGAAACUAUUUUUUAGUUAUUCUUAAAUAUUAUUGUUUAAUAUACAUAUUUAUAAUAUAUUGACAAAAGGCUACUACAAGCCCAUGACCCAGUGUGUCCAGCUGAGAGACAAGAAAAAGAUCAUUUCAUGUGCACUGAUAAUGUCUGAAUGCUAAGUAACAAUCUAACUGCGGUGAGGAUGCUCUCCACCACAUCAAAGAUACACAACCCGACAUGUUCUGAGCAGAUGUUGAGAAGCCAGUUUCUAAAUGCCCCCCAUGCUUGGGUUAGCAUGGUUAUAAACCCUAAAGCUGCCAUUAACUGUAAAUAUAAUCUAAACUUAAUUAUUCUGUCUCUGAAUCGUAUAUAAUAUAUUCAACAAGUUCAAAUCAGAUUCACAAAGAUCUUUAGAUAAUUAACUCAAUUGAACUCGUGUGAACUGCCGUCAUUGAGAAUAAUCAACAUGCUCAAGAUUAAUCAUCUGGAAUCUAUGAAUAUAUGAACCACAUUUGGUUAGGGUCAUAUUUUUAUACAUUAAUAAUUAUUGAAGUUUGGUUUAUCUUAUAUAUAUUUUAAAAUGGCUAUCUAAAUGUGAACUAGCAGCCAUGAAGCUCAUUAUUGUCAUUGGGAUUAUUUUCCUCACAAUGUUUUGUUAUAUAGCCGCCUUAUGUUCCCACUUACCUUGUGCUUUGCGUUUGGGUCCAUCUGCUGAACUUAACUGUGACAAUUAUCUGUCUUUUGUGUGGACAUAAAAUAAAAAUGCCAAACGAAUAUUCACUGUUUAUUUGUGCGUGGUUGAACCCAUUAGAGGGCUA